GUCCACAGAAGAGGAUUAAAACAAUAUCUUCGAGACCCAGACUACUACCAAUACUUCUACCCCCGAGUAGAACCCAAAGAACACCAGACUCUAUUUUAUUUUUUUUUUAUUGUUUGCCAACCCAUUUUGGCUUAAGUGUUUUGGUGUGUUCAGUGCCAUGUUGCAGGAUAAGGGAUUGAUCCUGGUGACGCUGCUCACCUUGUGGGCGUCUCCCCUCUGGGCGGCCUACAAGCUGCAGGAGCGGUACAGCUGGAACCAACUGGACUUCGCCUUCCCGAAUGCCCGACUGAAGGAGCAGGCUCUGGCCAGUGGCGACUACAUCCCCCAGAAUGGUCUUCCCGUCGGAGUGGAGCACUUUGGCAACCGGCUGUUCGUCACCGUUCCCCGCUGGCGAGAUGGAAUUCCCGCCACUCUGACAUACAUAAACAUGGAUCGCAGUUUGACGGGCUCGCCGGAACUGAUUCCGUAUCCGGAUUGGCGUUCGAAUACGGCCGGAGAUUGCGCCAACAGCAUCACCACCGCGUAUCGCAUCAAAGUGGACGAGUGCGGACGUCUGUGGGUUCUGGACACCGGCACCGUGGGCAUUGGCAAUACGACCACCAAUCCCUGUCCGUAUGCCGUGAAUGUCUUCGACUUGACCACGGACACGCGGAUCCGGAGGUACGAACUUCCGGGUGUGGACACCAAUCCGAACACGUUUAUAGCCAAUAUUGCGGUGGAUAUUGGCAAGAACUGCGAUGAUGCGUAUGCCUACUUUGCGGAUGAAUUGGGCUAUGGCUUGAUUGCCUACUCCUGGGAACUGAACAAGUCCUGGAGAUUCUCGGCCCACUCGUACUUCUUCCCGGAUCCCUUGAGGGGCGAUUUCAAUGUGGCCGGGAUCAACUUCCAAUGGGGCGAGGAGGGCAUCUUCGGAAUGUCCCUGUCGCCGAUUCGAUCGGAUGGCUAUCGCACCCUGUACUUCAGUCCGUUGGCCAGCCAUCGCCAGUUUGCCGUCUCCACCAGGAUUCUGAGGGACGAGACCAGGACGGAGGAUAGCUACCACGACUUCGUGGCCCUGGAUGAACGUGGUCCGAAUGCCCACACCACUUCGCGGGUGAUGAGCGACGAUGGUGUGGAGCUGUUCAAUCUGAUCGAUCAGAAUGCAGUGGGCUGCUGGCACUCAUCGAUGCCCUACACUCCGCAAUUCCACGGCAUCGUGGAUCGCGAUGAUGUGGGCUUGGUGUUCCCGGCCGAUGUGAAGAUUGAUGAGAACAAGAAUGUCUGGGUUCUGUCGGAUCGGAUGCCCGUGUUCCUGCUCUCCGAUCUGGACUAUGCAGAUACCAAUUUCCGGAUUUACACCGCUCCCUUGGCCACGUUAAUUGAGAAUACGGUGUGCGAUUUGAGGAACAAUGCCUAUGGACCACCGAAUACGGUGUCCAUACCCAAACAGGCCGCAUUGCCCAUUGGUCCGCCAUUGUAUACCAAGCAAUAUCGUCCUGUUCUGCCGCAAAAACCACAGACGAGCUGGGUUUCCUCGCCGCCGCCGCCAAGUCGCACUUAUUUGCCCGCCAAUCCGGGGAAUGUGGUCUCCAGCAUCAGUGUUUCCACCAACACAGUGGGCCCCGCCGGAGUUGAGGUGCCCAAGGCGUACAUUUUCAACCAGCACAAUGGCAUCAAUUACGAGACCAGCGGUCCCCAUCUGUUUCCCACCCAUCAACCCGGUCAAGCCGGGCCACAGGAUGGCCUCAAGACCUAUGUGAAUGCCCGCCAAUCUGGAUGGUGGCACCACCAGCAUCAGGGUUAAUGUUAACCCACCAGUGGUACACGGGUAUCUUCUCACUCACUCGCUUGUUGGAUAGAAUAUUUAAAGACACUCAAAAAAAAAACACACUCAUGAAGGACAAACCAUCAACACAGGGCAACAGCGGUAAAAAAUUAUUAUAUAAAAAAAACACGAUGUA